AUGUGUAUAACUAUGGAAACUAGGGUUUGGAGUGGCGUUUUGAUGAUUUCUGUCUCUCUUUUGGCGUUGUUCAAUGUAUCAGCAUUUGCAGCAGAGGAAGGGGAGAAGGUGUUGACUUUAGACCAUUCCAACUUCUCGGAUACUGUGUCCAAACACAAUUUCAUCGUCGUUGAAUUCUAUGCUCCUUGGUGUGGGCACUGUAAGGCGCUUGCCCCAGAGUACGAAAAAGCUGCAUCAAUACUGAGCAGCCAUGACCCUCCAAUAGUUCUGGCAAAAUUCGACGCAAAUGAUGAUGCAAACAAGGAACUAGCUUCUCAAUUUGAGAUUCAAGGUUUCCCCACUAUUAAGAUCUUAAGAAAUGGAGGAAAGAACAUUCUGGAAUACAAAGGUCCUCGUGAGGCAGAUGGUAUUGUUGAUUACUUGAAGAAACAAGUUGGUCCUCCAUCUACUGAAAUCAAAUCAGUGGAAGAUGCUGCCAAUCUUGGGGAUGAGAAAAAGAUUUAUGUUGUUGGGGUGUUUCAAAAAUUCUCUGGGGAAGAAUUUGAAAGUUUUAUGACAUUAGCAGAAAAGUUGCGGGCUGACUAUGAUUUUAGUCACACUCUUGAUGCCAAGCUCCUCCCUCGGGGUGAAUUGGUCAAUAAGCCAACUCUUCGCUUGCUUAAGCCGUUCGACGAACUGUUUGUUGAUUUCCAUGAUUUUCAAGUUGAUGCAAUGGAGAAAUUUAUUGAAGAAGCCACCAUUCCUCUUUUGACUAUUUUUAACAGUGACCCGAGCAAUCAUCCAUAUGUGAACAAAUUCUUUGAGUCCCCCAAUGCUAAGGCCAUGCUUUUUGUGAACUUCAGCAAAGAGCUUGGCGCUUUCCAGUCAAAUUAUAAGGAUAUUGCUGUGCUAUACAAAGGGAAGGGCAUAAGCUUUCUGUUAGGGGAUCUUGAAGCCAGUCAAGGUGCCUUCCAGUACUUUGGGCUUACAGAGGAUCAGGCACCUCUUCUUAUUAUACAGACAACUGCCGGUCAGAAAUAUCUCAAAGCUAACAUAGAACCUGAUCAGAUUGCACCAUGGCUAAAAGAUUUCACGGAUGGCCAAGUCAAGCCAUUCAUAAGAUCAGAGCCUAUUCCUGAAGUUAACAAUGAACCUGUCAAGGUGGUAGUUACGGACAGCCUUCAGGACAUGGUUUUUAACUCUGGAAAGAAUGUUCUGCUAGAGUUCUAUGCACCUUGGUGUGGACAUUGCAAGCAGUUGGCUCCGAUUUUGGACGAAGUUGCCGUCUCAUUUGAAAAUGAUGCCGAUGUCAUGAUUGCAAAACUGGAUGCAACAGCAAACGAUGUCCCAGUUGACACCUUUGAUGUUCAGGGGUACCCUACUUUGUACUUCAGAUCUGCAAGUGGUAAGUUGUUGUCUUAUGAUGGGGAUAGAACAAAGGAGGACAUAAUCGAUUUCAUUCAAAAGAAUCGAGAUAAGAUGAGCUAUGAUAAGGCUUUGCUUGAAUGCUUACCAUGGGAACCCCGACAAGCUUUCUACAUGACGUAG